AUGUUCCAACAAAGACAUAACAAUAUUACUACUAGCGAGCUAGAUCAAAUGUUGCAUAUGCUAUCUUCUUCUUCUUUUUCCAAUCCCAUGCCAUUCUCAACAACCUCAAUGGACCAAUCAAAUUCAAAAUGGAAACCACAUGUUGAAAUUGCUCCCAAUUGUCCUCGUUGCGCUUCAACAAACACCAAAUUCUGUUACUACAACAAUUACAGCCUCUCCCAGCCGCGGUAUUUUUGUAAAGGCUGUAGGCGUUAUUGGACUAAAGGUGGCUCUCUUCGAAAUGUCCCUGUUGGAGGCGGCUGUCGCAAACAUCGUCGAGGAAAGGUGGUCAGAAAUUUGCAUACUGAUCAUCUUUCCACGGAUGGUUCUGACUCUGUUGAUGGUGAUCAACAGAGUCAAAAUAAUGUUUCACGCGAUAUAGAUAUGGCAGUUGUUUUCGCCAAAUUCUUAAACCAAAACACAAGUAGUACUCAUCAUGGUGAUCAUGAGGAAAUAGAAACUGAGAGUGAGGCUAACAAUAACAAUGGAUCAUGUUCUUCCAAUAUGAACAAUUUGUCAACACCGGACAGCGUUGAAACUGAGAAUGAUGCAGUGAUCCAUCCUGAUGCAGUGGUUGUAAAUGGGGAUCCUUUUGAUCAGGAAAUGAGUUUGAGCGAGUUUGAGGGGUUUCUGGGUGUUGAUGAAGACGUGGUUCAAGAUGUUCUAUGGCCUGAUUCUUCUGAUGCUAUGAUGGUGUCAAUGUCAACAUGGCAACAACCACCACCAUCCAUGAUGCAAAUGGAGGUGGAUUACUCCAUGCCAUUGCCAUUGCCAUUGAAUGAGGAUGAUAAUCAUGAUGAAUUAUUAUUACCUGUUACUAUUAAUUCAAAUUCUGCUAGUGUCAAUUUGAUUAAUGACAGUUGGAGCAAUUCUUGGGAUUCUUUUGAUCUUUCAACUAUGGAAGUUUUCUCAUCGAGCUCAAGACCUUAA